UGGGCAUGAAUCACGGCAUAGCUACCGCUUCUUGACAGUGGCCGGCACCACAUUACCCCCUCCAUUCCCCUGCUUGCCCCUUCCCUUAUGCUAUUUGGUCCCAGCUACACGUUCCUGGGCCGAUUUCCUGUAAAACGGACGAAGGAUCCAUCUGGGUUUCUCAGACGUUCUCUUUUCAGCAACAGAUAACUUCGGCCCUACCGGUCACCAGCAAUAAUGGUCGAAAACCGUGGGCCUCUGCUCCGAGCGGUAUGCUUAACGAUGGUGUCUUUGGCAUUCGUGCCUAUGGUUCUACGGGUGUAUGUACGGGUGCGGGUUAUCAGGAGUUUUGGGUGGGAUGAUGCUUUGAUGGUAGGCGCCAUGCUUUCUCAUAUCAUGUUCGCGACAUGUGCUGUCGCUGGUACUGUAUAUGGCACCGGACGCCAUUUCAAGGACCUUUCCGACGAGGGUAUAUUCAUGGCCAUGAGAUACUGGUGGUUAUGCUACAUCGCCUACUGCAUCACUAUGAUCUGCGCGAAAAUGUCCAUUGGCGUCUUCCUUUUACGAAUCACAGUUAACUCUGUACAUCGAUGGAUCGUCUACAUAGUCAUGGGACUCACCGUCCUCACCGGACUCGUCUUCUUCUUUGUCACUCUAUUCCAAUGCUCUCCGAUUUCUUACUUCUGGAACAAGAAGCUCGAGAACGGAACUUGCGUCAACGUCGAUAUUAUAAUCGCAUUAACAUUUUUAUACAGUGGUAUUAAUGCCAUAGUAGAUUUUACUUUCGGGAUACUGCCAAUGUGGUUGGUCUGGAAUCUCAACAUGCGGAAGAGUGAAAAGUUGGCUCUCAUCCCCAUUCUUGGCAUGGCUUGCAUUGCAAGUUCCGCCGUCGUCGUUCGCAUGGCCUACGUAAUGGACUUCCGCGGCAACGACUUCCUGUACGACACCGUCGACAUCGCCAUCUGGUCGGACGUCGAGCAAGGCCUCGCCAUCGCCGCCGGCUCCCUCGCAACGCUCCGGCCUCUAUGGCGUGAGAUCUCUACCCGUCUUGGAUUCUCCCUCCCCUCGACUCGGCCAUUCAAGGACUCCGGCCGCGAAACCCCCUUCCAGGACUCUGGAUUCAACAGCGGACGCGGGAAGGCGAAGCGAAGCGGGCCAUUCAGCCUGAUGACGUUCACGAGGAACGAGAACGAGGAGGAGACUAAGUGGGAUGGCGCGAGGCCGGUAAAGCUGAGGGACGACAUCCCCGGCGACGAUGAGAGUACUGGUGGAGGUGAUGGGAAGGGCUUCACGACAUGGAGGAUCCAGGUCGGCGAUGGGAGCGAAGAGGAGUUGAGUGGCGCCGGCGGCAUUACGAGGCAGACGGAUGUGUACAUGCACAGUGAGGCGGACAAGAGGAGGAAGAACUGAAGAGAAAGGAACUGAUACCAAGGGCUUGCAUAUAAAACGGUUGGCGGGACACUUGAAGCGAUUUUGUUUUUUUCUUUUGGUUCUUAUUUGACUUUUAUAAUGGGUGUGUGUACAAAAUGUAUCCGGAUCGCGAAGCCGGUUUGGAUCGAGGAUGUUUUGGGCUCAACUUUCAAGCCUUGCAG